AGCCCUCAAGUACAUGCCUCAUGCAGUUCUCAAGCUCCUGGAGAACAUGCCCAUGCCUUGGGAGCAGAUUCGGGAUGUGCCUGUUCUGUACCACAUCACUGGAGCCAUUUCCUUUGUCAAUGAGAUUCCCUGGGUCAUUGAGCCAGUUUACAUCUCCCAGUGGGGGUCAAUGUGGAUCAUGAUGCGUCGAGAAAAAAGAGACAGGAGGCAUUUCAAGAGGAUGCGUUUCCCUCCGUUCGAUGAUGAGGAACCUCCCCUAGAUUAUGCUGACAACAUCUUAGAUGUUGAGCCUCUGGAAGCCAUUCAGCUAGAGCUGGACCCUGAGGAGGAUGCCCCUGUGUUGGAUUGGUUCUAUGACCACCAGCCAUUGAGAGACAGUAGGAAGUAUGUUAAUGGUUCCACUUACCAACGCUGGCAGUUCACAUUGCCUAUGAUGUCCACUCUCUAUCGAUUGGCCAAUCAGCUUCUGACUGACUUGGUGGAUGACAACUACUUCUAUCUGUUUGACCUGAAGGCCUUCUUUACCUCUAAGGCACUCAAUAUGGCCAUUCCUGGAGGACCCAAAUUUGAACCUCUUGUUCGAGAUAUCAACCUACAGUAAGUUGGGGAGAGUAUCAAUGUUAGGCACUUUAGGUUUUUUUUUAGUUUGUUUGUUUUGGGGGGUUUGUU